CCAUUUCUGUCUGCAGUUGUCCUCAGCGCGGCCUACUCGCGCCAUGCACUCACAAAUUACAUAAUACAUAAAAAAAAACAAUCCCACCAUUUCUCUAUGACUCUGUGAAGUGACCAUCGAUUAGUGUGUGUUUUUUUGUGCGCGCGGACCAUGGAACUUUUUUAAUCGCAUACGCGCAAUGAAACGCAGACGCACCUAGCAUGCUGUGCCCCACGCGGCUGCUCUGGCAGCUGCCGUUCCUCACCACAACCCUCGCCUUCGUUCUCGACAAGCAGAACCCAUACUCCCAGUUCCGCAAGUGGAACGCGGCACUCAACGGCACACUCGAACUUGAGUUCAAAACCGACCAGCCAAACGGUCUAAUCUUGUACACCGACGAUGGUGGCACUUAUGACUUUUUCGAGCUGAAGCUGGUGAAUGGGGCGGUGAGGCUGAGGUACAAUUUGGGGGGCGGCGCGCAGAUUAUCACGGUGGGGAGUAAUCUGAAUAAUGGACAGUGGCAUAAGUUGCAAGUGGCCCGUCGCGACGAGCACACAACACUGUCGGUGGACGGCGUGACGCGCGGCGCCGUGUCCCGCGGCAAGGAGUUCGCGUUCGGCAAGUUCGGCACCAACUCCGACGUGUUCGUGGGGGGGAUACCGCCUUCAUACAACUCGAAGCUUACCACGUUAGCGCUGCCUUCAGUGAUCUUCGAGCCCAAGUUCCGAGGGUCCAUCAGGAAUCUGGUGUACUCCGAUGUGGUGGGGCAGCCGCCGAGGCGCCAGGAAUUAAGGCACUCCAGAGAUUUGAAGUCAUCCCGGAUCGGGAAUGCCAGUGGCGACGCAUGCGAACGCCGGGAUCCUUGCCAACAUGGCGGCGUCUGCAUCAGCACUGAUGACGGCCCGGUCUGCGAGUGCAGAGACGAAGACUAUGAAGGCGCCUUCUGUGAGAGAGAUAAAGCACCUUCAGAGGCGACGUUCCGCGGCGCGGAGUUCCUUUCCUACGACCUGACACAGACCGGAGGCGAGCCUAUAGUCAGCACACAGGACACCAUCUCGCUGUACUUCAAGACGCGGCAGCCGAAUGGACUGCUCUUCUACACUGGUCAUGAAGCCGACUACCUAAACCUGGCAGUUCGCGAUGGCGGCGUCUCUCUGACCAUGGGCCUUGGGAACGGCAAGCAGGAGAUGCACAUCAAACCAUCGAAGACCAGGUUCGAUGACCAUCAGUGGCACAAGCUGACGGUGCAUCGGAGGAUACAGGAGAUCACACCUAUGACGAGCUUCUGUAGGGUCUCAGCCGUGGUGGAUGACGUAUACACAGAGCAUUCCCACGUGGCCGGCUCUUUCACCAUGCUGGCUAGCUCCAGGGCCCACGUGGGAGGCUCUCUGAAUGCGCGGGCGCUGCCUGGAGCCAGAGUCCACACGAACUUUAUAGGCUGCUUGAAGAAGGUGGAGUUCUCAGCAGACACCCUCCGUCUGAACCUGAUAGACCUCGCCAGAACCGGAAGCAAGCUCAUCACCGUCACCGGAAGAUUAGAGUACGCCUGCACAGCGACCGACUCCGCUGAUCCAGUUACCUUCACCACCAGGGAUGCGCACUUGAUCUUGCCAAAAUGGGAAGCAGUGAAAACCGGAACGAUAUCAUUCAAAUUUAGAACGAAUGAACCGAACGGUCUCAUUCUCUUCAAUAUGGGCGCCAAGCCACCAAGGGCGGAUCUCUUCGCUGUGGAGAUGCUGAACGGAUAUAUCUACGUGCACAUGGACCUGGGGUCAGGGGGGGUGAGGGUGCGAGCGUCGAGGAGGAGGGUGGACGACUCGCACUGGCACGAGUUCUUGUUGAGGAGGACUGGGAGGGAUGGGAGGGUUACGGUGGACGGCGCUAAUGCGGAGUUUAAGACGCCUGGAGAGUCGAACCAACUGGAACUCGAUGGCGCCCUCUUCGUCGGUGGCCUGGGGUCGGAAUACUCCGCGGCCAAGACACCCCCAGUAUUGUGGACUGCAGCGUUGAGGCAGGGCUUCGUCGGCUGCGUGAGGGACUUGGUGCUGAACGGCAAGCCCCAGGAUCUAACGGCGUAUGCAAGGCAACAGGACUCUGCAUCCGUCCGCCCCGCGUGCCAUGUGCUGAUGAAACAAUGCGUCAACUCCCCGUGCCAACAUGGAGGCGUCUGUUCAGAGGGCUGGAACCGACCUCUGUGCGAUUGUUCCUCUACCAACUAUGGCGGGCCAACUUGUGGACGAGAAUCAGCAACGAUAUACCUAAACGGCAGCCAGCACCUCACGGCGGCACUUGGACCUGAACACGUCACACAAACUGAAGAGCUGAUGCUCCGCUUUAAGACCAGUAAAGCUGGGCUGCUGCUCCGGACGGCGUCAGAGCAUUCGGCGGAUCGGAUAGAGCUGGUUGUUGCUGCAGGGAGGGUACGAGCCAAUGUGCGGCUAGGAGACAGGGAAAAGAAUCUCCUAGCAGGCUCAAACGUAGCUGAUGACAACUGGCACACGGUUCGUUUCUCGCGCCGCGCCUCCAACCUUAAGCUCCAGGUGGACGGAGCGCAGCCCGUGCGCGGUAUGUUAUCUGAAACGAUUUUAGGUAAAGCUUCGACUUUGGAAAUAUCGACGCUCCAUUUAGGUGGCAUGUAUCAUCCUGAAGAAGAAAUUCAAAUGACAUCAACUUUGCCCAACUUCGUCGGUUAUCUACAAAAGUUUGUCUUCAAUGGCAUGAAGUAUAUAGACCUAGCUAAAGCCAUUGGAAUGGGCAACGAUGCAAACAACAACAACAUUAAUCAGCAUGAUUCUAAUAUAAUAUUUACUGGGUCAUUUGUCAAACCUGAUUCUUUGAAUGUAUACAAAGCUGUGACAUUUAAAUCGAAGCAUACCUACGUAGGUUUGCCGCUACUGAAAGCUUAUGGAAAUACAUAUUUAGAUUUUUACUUUCGUACAACAGAGAUGGAUGGUCUUUUGUUUUAUAACGGCGGAAAGAAGCAAGACUUUAUAGCUAUUGAGCUAGUCAAUGGCCAUAUACACUGUGUGUUCAAUCUUGGGGAUAACGUGGUUACCAUGAAAGACAAAUUGAAGAAUUUCUUGAACGAUAAUAGAUGGCAUACAGUGUCCGUUAGAAGACCGACGCCGAAAAUGCACACGCUGCAAGUAGAUGAUGAUAUAGAAAUGCAUACCACAAGUUCAAACCUAAUGUUGGAGCUAGACAGCGUCCUGUACGUAGGCGGGGUUCCUAAGGACAUGUACUCAUCACUACCAGUUGGGGUUCUAUCUCGACAAGGGUUCGAAGGUUGCAUGUCAAGCCUGGAUCUACCUGGGGAAUCUCCUUCGUUGAUGGAAGAUGCUGUAGUUCCUAGUUCAUCACUAGUAUCGGGCUGUGAAGGACCCACAAAGUGUACACACAACGCAUGCGCAAACAAAGGUGUGUGCGUGCAGCAGUGGAAAACCUACGUCUGCGACUGUGACCUUACUUCGUUUACUGGACCAACUUGUUACGAUGAGUCGAUAGCCUACGAGUUCGGUCCCGGGCGAGGCAUCCUAACGUACACCUUCCCACCGAGCGCGGUGGCAGACACCGAAACCGACCGCGUGGCGCUCGGCUUCGUGACGAGUAAAGCCGAUGCUGUACUGCUGAGGAUAGACUCUUCUAACACUCAGGAUUAUAUGCAGAUGGAAAUCAUCCGCGGCAACCUCUUCAUGGUGUACAACGUCGGCGGCGGCGACCAUCCGCUAGGAGACGAGACGGCGAGGGUCGAUGAUGGUGCAUAUCACGUGGCUAGGUUCACGAGGAACGGGAGCAGAGCUGCCCUGCAGAUUGAUAACUAUGCGGUUAACAUUAGGCAUCCACAAGGCGGCCAACAAUCAACAAUCUUCAACAGCAUGUCGUCCAUCACCGUGGGGGGCGGCGCGGGCGGGGCGCGCACGUUCAGCGGCGUUGUAGCCGGACUCGCCGUCGACGGCGUGCGGGUGCUGGACCUCGCCGCCGCCGGAGAUGCGUCCGUGUCGGUCAGGGGAGAUGCUAGGAGAGCCACGUCGCCGCUGGAUAAAGGGUGGAUCAAUGGAAUGCAACAGACGCCACCAUCAGGCUACGGUGGUCCAGGUGUACUAGACGAGCUGGUCUACUCCGGUGCUGGUUCUGGAUGUAGAGAUGAUGAUGAAGAUGCCUGUGUGCUGCCUGAUGCUGGGAGUGGAGAUGACCUGAUCACGCCAGUCUACGUACCUUCUACAAGAAGACCACCCUCCAGGGUGUAUAAGGGUGACACGAGUGGAAAGCUUAUGAAGCCGUGCGACGACGAGGACUGUAUCGAAGGCUCAGGGUCCAAUGGAGAGGAGAUAACGGAACCAGAACACCCUAUGACCACUAACGGCGCCUCAAGCACCCAUGGUAUGACAUCACCGACUGCCGCCAUCUCCACCGAACACGCCAAGACUAUAGAAGGUUCCACUGAUGGUUCUACGGAUGCCACCCACGGCUCGACACGCUCUAGCCAAGGAACCACGCCACCUGAUCAUGGGAAUAUGCAUGCCGGGACAGUUGAGGCUACAACGCCGGAGAAGACCACUCCUACUGACGAUCACACCGCAGCCCACUUCACUCCCUCCCUCCCCAACCACCACACGCCCGAUGACAUCACCCACACGACUCAAGAAGAACCACUCCCCGAAUAUCCAGACCCGAAUGAAAACGACAUCGACUCCCGAACACCCACGAACGGAGCCGAAGAGAGGAACGAGUAUAAUGGGUAUGAGCAUGAGGCGACGACGAAGUGGUAUUUACCGAAGACGACGGAUCCGGGGAGGAUUGUGACGCCUGAGUCGGAGUUCUUUGCUACUAUUGUUGGCAUAGUAGCGUCAGUGCUGAUAGCCAUCAUCCUAAUAGUGAUAAUAGUGUUGAAAUACAUCGUGUAUCCGCUGGACCCGUCGUACAAGGUCACGGAGGACAAGAGCUACCAGCAAGGAGCGAGUGCGGCGUUGCUAGGCAACCAGGCUCACUCGAGCUACCAAAGCGGGGCCCCCGCCCCCUCGGGCGCGCGCCUGCAGCCGCUCGCGCUCGCCCGGGACGGCGCGCCGCUGCCCCCGCAGCCCGUCAAGAGGGACGGCAUCAAGGAGUGGUACGUCUAAGGAGGUUUUCAGAAAAAAUGCUACCGUUUACUUUUUUCGAGUGACCAUCAACUUUUGGGUUAUUUAGACUCAGAAUCGCGAGUACUAUUAAGAUAAGAUAAGAUAAAAUUUAUUUCAUUGAGAAAUAUCCAAAAAUUAAAAUAUUGAUUGAGACUAAGAAAAAAAAGUGUCCCCAGUUUUCCAUACAUAUUUUUGGUGUCUAUUUUGUAACGGUCCAUACGAAAUGUACCUAUGUGAAAUUGCGUUACAAAACUGUAAUUUUGUUUGGACACUUUUUAUUUCUUUUUAAAUCGAUUGCCCCCGUGAUUCUGAAUAGAAGUAAUCCAAGAGUUGUGAUGGAUUAUCGAAAAAAAGUAAUUGGUACACUUUUAAGUAAAAAUGCCCCUAAACGGGACGAGUGUCAAUGUCAGUGUCAAUGUUAAACGAGCGUUUUUACAAUGUCCAAUACGAUAUCGGAUGUAGAAUACAUCCACACUUCCACAGUGUUGCGCGGUCCGUACUUGCAACGGCGUGCCGUGCCUGCUUCAGCGGUCAGGCACACUACAGCAAACAUACUUCCACAUCUACGCACACAAACAAUAAUUAUCCCGACAGCUACGGGGAGUCCGGUCCGAAAUUUCUGCAAUUAUCGGAAGAGCCAAUCCGAUUUCGGAAGCCGUGUGGUGUCGUAGCUCAUGUAUAUUAUGAAAAAGACAACUGUUAGAAAGUGCCCUGUGGCAUGAAGUGUGGUGUGGCUGUUUUGUGUUAGCAUUUUUUUGCCAAGCAGGGAUCAUAAAUGAAUAAAAUAAAUACAGGAAAACACAUUUGUUACUAAUUUUACUUACUCCUAUAUCCGAUAUCGGUUCGGACAAUGUGAAAAGACGUUGACGCACGUUGGACGCUGCCGAGAGCGUACUUAGAGCGAGACUUUAUUCUAUGCGAGUCUAAAAUGUGAGGAAGAGUGUGGUGUUGAAACUGUAUUUUACUAAUUUGUCAAUAGUAUGGUAAACUAAAUUGUCAGUAAAAAAUGUCUCGAAAAUCAAAAUCUAUGGUAUAUUGGCCCGGUGAGCCUUAUUCAAAGCCGUAAAAAUUGGUUUGCCAGACUAAAAGCGAUAAAUCAUGUCCAAAGAUAAUCAACCUUAAAUAUUUAACGUGAUAGUUUCAUUUUGUUUCUCACACUCUUGGCUCAAGUUUUAGGAUUGCUCAGAAUUUCAUCGACCACCAUUGUGUUUGUGAUAUGCUCUGGACAUAUCAAAGAUCGUAGACUAGAGGUAUGAAUGUACUCUUAUCACGAAUCCCGUAGUUGCUUCGAUCCACAACCUCGCAGGGAACGUUCAUGAAAGGAAACAAGAUAAUGAAUGUAAUGAUAAUGAUUAAGUUGCUUUAAUGCAUAAGAAGAUAUAAUAAGAUGAAGUACUGACUGAUACGCAAGUGUUUAGUAUUGUAAAUAUUAAUUACUGUAAUGUUUAGUCACUUGUGCGAUCUAAUGUGCAAUUUUUAAGAUCAAUACGUGAAAGUUAAGUCUAGUUUAAUAUGGAAUUGCAUUUACAAGGUUGAAGUUGGUGUUUUGUUUAUGUUUUAUAGUGUUUCUGUUACAUUGUUAUUUGUUACUACUUCAAUUUUUUGUACUCUUAGCUUAUCUAUAUACAGUUUUCGUGAAUUAACUUUUCUAUCAAACUUGCCUUCGGUAAUAUUAAUUACAUCUAAGGAUAAAGUAAAUCGCUUGAAUGACAAGAUAUCAAAACCAAAUUGUUAAUUUAAUACAAUUGUAAAGAUAGUGGAAGUUAAGAAGGGGAGCAUAAUUUAUAUGUUGACGAUUUAAAAAAGGGCUAUUUUAACAGCCUAAAAACGGAGUAAAUUAAAACUAUAUUAGUAUGAGCAAUACAGGUGAAGUCAAACAUUAUUAUGCUGCCCUUUGAAUUCAAGCGGAAUCAAUAUAACGAUAAUUUUGGCUGCCAUCAUGAAAAUGAAGCAUAUCGAUCAAAUGAAGACUACCGUACUUUAAAAUUUCAAUAUCUCUUUCCUAUAUUAUUAGGUCUUGUACACUUUUAUUCAUAGGUGAGACGCGGCGUUAGAAGAUUAGAGAAGGAAUCAUAAUCACUCAAGUUUAAGGUCGAAAAUCGCUUGAUAGAUGCUCUGAAGGAUAUUGUAAAAUACGUAGAACGCGUAAAGUUAACAAUCGAGUAUGAGCUUGUAGAUUUGAUAUGGAAAGUAGAAAGACAUUUUCUGUUUCACAUUGCCAAUUUCGUUUCAUUGCUCAACCUGCAACUGUCCCCUUAGAUAAAUAGGCCUAAUUAAAAAAUGAUAGAGAAAUUUACAACACGUUGUUCGGUUUGGAUUUAUUGAAAGCUUUAAAUAUAAUAAUAUAAAUGAAAGUUGCGAGUGACCUUCAAAUAUAUUUAUAAUUAUAUAACUUGCCAUUACACAAGGCGCUUCUUUAAUAUUUCUCUUGCAGUUUGAAAACUCAGUGCAUGUUUCAAAGAUUGUUAGUGAGUAUCUCAGGUGGCGUGCCACAAGGAGCUAUCCUUGGUCCUCUAGUAAUAAUCUAUUAUAUUGCAUGCAGUUUCCUCUUCAAGUCGUUAUAAAUAAAUUGCUUAUAUUUUUACAACUAGAGUGUACAUCCACCGUCCCAUUUCCUCUUUCCGAUUAUAUAAAAAACCUUGAAUUAGCUUUAAAUUAAGACGAAAAUCAUAUUUAUAUAGAUUGUUAUGAAGCACAGGUUCUAGGUCUUUGAAAUUGCAUUUAUUGUAAAUAGUUAAUGAUUAUGAUAUUGUAAUUAAUGAAUUUAAGCGGUACUGUACGGUAUGAUUAUCACACUCGUUUUACGGCACAAAAUGUUAGUAACAACAGUUUGUUUUGUCAAUUUUAGUGUAAAAUUUAAAGGUUAAUAUGGUUGAUGAUUUGUACCGGGAUAUUAAGGAUUAUUGAUGCAAUUUUCUUAUAAGACACGACAUGUUAUAUUAGCUUUGUAUCAAGAAUUAAUUGAAGUGCCUCAAUACUUAACCGUUAUUGAAGCUCGUAUUACAUCAGCAUUUUUAUUAACAGGCUCUAUACCUCUUUGUUGGCAUUUGAAUAUACUCAUUUUAGUGUAAGUAACUUUAUUUCUAUUUAUAAGAAUAGUUUUUAUAACCUCAACCGUGACUGUGUUUUAAGAAAAUUGCUGUGUUUGUUUUAUUAUGUUUGUUAUUCACCUCAAGUUGUUGUAAACUCGACAUUGGUCGGACCAAGUUUUGUUUUAAAUGUACAUGUGACAGAAUUUGAAAUAAUACCAUGUAAAUUACAUAA